AUGUCAUUUGGGUUCGGGUCGCACCAAGGAGCAUCAGGAGCGCAGAGAGGCAAUGGCCUUUUGAAUGCUUUGUCGGCUAACAGUCGGGCAAGCGAUGUACGGUCACCUCCUGGAGUUGCACUGAACCGAGGUCAAGACCCCAAACGACUGGGAGUCGACGACGACAACAGGCAUAAACCGAUUUCCAGGGAAGAUGGCUUGGGAAAAUCUGCUGUGGAAGACCCAAAUCAGAAUCCCUUGGGCGCAAUCGGAAACGAGGACUCUACUGUAAAGUUACGAGAUGUGAAGGAGAGCAAGGCGCCGGAUGCGAUUGAUCCUCUAAUUGGGAUGAGUGCCGUAGACAAAUGGGGCAUAAAAGGCUUACGGACGCUGAUGAACAGCUACCCGGAUUACCAGGCGAUGGUAGUUGGCAUGGAUCCAAUCACAGUUGGACUCGAUAUCAACUCCCAAGAGGCGAUCUCGACACAAGUUUACUCGCUCUUUGACGAUGUCCCUCCGCGGCCGACAGUCAAUGGUAACAAGUUCCGGCUUCCAGAGUGCUACAAUGUUACGAAUGUUCAGCCAAUUGAGAGUAAAAUCCAGAACUUCAACGAAGAAACACUGUUUUGGAUAUUCUAUAGCUGCCCCGCGGAUGUUAAGCAACAAAUGGCGGCGGUAGAGUUGUAUUCGCGAAACUGGAGAUGGCACAAGAAACACCAGAUAUGGCUCACCAAAGACGAACAUAUGGCACCUCAGAUUUUGAGCAACAGCCAUGAGCGGGGUUUCUAUAUUGUGUGGGACACGGACAACUGGCGAAAGGACAGGCGAGAACUCACCCUGUUCUACGGCGACUUGGAUACCACAUUGAACCAACCACCUGCGGUAUCAUAG